ACGCCAGGGAGACAAGAGGCAGUGAUAUCUUUUACCCCGAGUUUUGUGAGCUAAUUUAACUCUUAUUUCACACUGACACCAUUUAUCAACAUGUGUUCUACAUUGACAAAGUCCUUAAGAAGUCCCCUAAAACAAAUUAUUACCUCUAAACAAAUCAAGUGUCGAAUAAUUAGUAGAAAUAACGUGCCACUUGAUCAAAGACACCCUGUCAAAUUUUACUCUGGAUUUACUUUGACGACUUUAAAUAAGAGACAGAAAUAUAUCAGACAAUUUAAUCUCUUUAAUCUCUGGUCCUCCUUAUCCAGUAAUAAAGAUACACCUAUAUUAAAGACAGUAGAAGAUGUUGCAGAGUUUAUUAAAAAUCAAUGUUCUAAUAUCUUGGUGAUGGCUGGAGCUGGUUUGAGUACUCCUUCUGGUAUACCUGAUUUUAGAACACCAGGGACAGGCUUAUACGACAACCUACAGAAGUACAACCUGCCAUAUCCCGAGGCUAUUUUCGACAUCCACUACUUCAUGAUGGAUGCUCGACCUUUCUUCACAUUGGCUCAGGAUCUCUACCCCGGAGUGAAUUACAAACCGAACGUGGGUCAUCGUUUCCUCCGGUUAUUACACGAGGAGAAAAAACUGCAGAUGGUGUACACGCAAAACAUCGAUGGUCUCGAGAGAUUGGCAGGAGUACCAGAUUCAAAGCUGAUGGAGGCUCAUGGUACCUUUGCUACAGCCUCCUGCACACUCUGUGGUAAAAUACACAACCCUGACAGAGUUAAAGAAGCGAUCAUAGAUGGAGAUAUUCCAAUAAUGUGUGAAGCUGCCAUGUGUAAGGGUAAGGUUAAGCCUGAUGUCGUCUUCUUUGGUGAAAAUCUUCCGUCUUCAUUCUGGGACUACCACCACCAUGUACACUUCACUGAUCUUCUGCUUGUCAUUGGGACUUCUCUGGAGGUUUACCCCUUUGCCGGGAUAGUAGACACCGUGGGGAAAACAACGCCGAGGGUGCUGAUAAACCUCAACAGCGUAGGCAGCUUGGGCAGUCGCAGCAAUGAUGUUAUUCUUGCUGGUGAUCUUAAAGACAGUAUUUGGAGUUUAACUAAAGCAUUGGGUUGGGAAGAAAAACUGAAAAACCUUGAAGAAAAGUAUGAUAGUAGUGAAGAAUAACAACAAAUUCUUCAUAACUCUGUACAGCAUAGUUUAAUAUUGUUAAAUAUAUACAUUAUAUUUUCCAGUGAGAGAGAUAGAGAUCACAAGAUGUAUGCUGUACAAUUACAGAACCCAGAAUACAAUGAGUUAUCACA